AUACUUAAGAGAUUUAUUACUUUCGGAUAACUCAUAAUUGUUUUUCAGUAAGACUGAAGCUUUUUAAUACAUUUCAGGUCUAACAUUGCACAGGAACUUAGAUAGAGUGCCCUGCAGGGAAGGUUAAUGUCUGUUCGACUGAAUCAAAAUGGGCCGAUAAUAAGGUAUCUACUCCUGUAAUGGAAGCUUAACUGGAAUCAAACUGCAGGCUUUCUUCAAGCCAUUACAAUAAUUGAAAAAGGAAAGAUCUCUGAUUUAUUCUAAAUUCACUCAAGAAAAUUCCACUAUUCAUAUCGUUUAAAUAAUCCUUUUGCAAAAUUCCGUGGACAGUAUGUAUUUGACCACAACAGGAGCAGGCAACCGACCACUCACUAUUGGAAAAUACUGUCACGUGGGAGAGAAAGGCUCCAGCCAAGCAAAGGUUAAAUUCCCGGGAGAGGGGAGCUGACGCCAGACGCAAACGCGCUGAUGUAUUACGCAAAAGAAGGAAAUACUUAGCGCGCUCUUUGCUCAGCUUCGAGUUCCCCAGCCGGAAGUAUCCGGUUGGAAAACGUGGCUGCUGGAGACAAAGAGACCGGGGUAAUUUGGUUCCGGCCCAGAUGGCCUGCCAGUAGGAACUCCGCGGUUAGGAAGAAGGGUCGGUGGACGCCGGCGGGGAGGUUUGUCCUUCCUUCUUGGCCGCCGCUGCCAUGAUACCGAUUCCUCUGGUGGUGCUGGUGAUGGGGGGUUGGUGCGCCAUUUACCUAGCCGACACCUUGCUGAAGGCAUCAGAUUCUUUGAAGACUUCUUAUGAAGAAUGGCUGACAUCUUAUGGAUUGAGCAUCUCCCCUUUUCACAUACGAUGGCAAACCCCUGUCUUCAAUCGUCUCUUUUACGAUUGGGGACGUUGGAAACCCAGGCUGCUUUACCAGUGGUUCAAUUUAGGAAUGGUCUUUGGAAUAAUUGCCAUGUUCAGUUCUAUUCUCCUUCUUGGAAAUACCCUGAUACAAACUUUGUCACAGAUGUUGACUGAAGUCCCUUCAGCUCAGAAUGAUAGGAUGCUACAAGUUGUGGUUCCUGGUGUAAAUUUACCUGUCAGCCAACUCACCUAUUUCUUUACUGCUAUCCUUAUUAGUGGUGUCAUUCAUGAAAUUGGCCAUGGGGUGGCAGCUAUCCGAGAACAAGUUCGAUUUAAUGGAUUUGGAAUUUUUAUCUUCAUUGUUUAUCCUGGAGCAUUUGUUGAUCUGUUCACUACCCAUUUGCAACUUAUAUCUCCAGUCCAGCAGCUAAGAAUAUUCUGCGCAGGUGUCUGGCACAAUUUUGUACUUGGAGUUUUAAGUCUUGUGGCUCUCUUUCUGCUACCUGUAAUUCUUUUCCCAUUUUACUACACUGGAGUUGGGGCCCUUGUUCUGGAUGUCACUGAGGAUUCACCUGCUAAUGGACCCAGAGGCCUCUUUGUGGGAGACUUAGUCACCCAGCUCCAGGACUGUUCAGUUCAUAAAGUGGAAGAUUGGAAUUCCUGUCUGGGGAUCAUCUCACAGGAGCCACAGAUUGGUUACUGUAUAAGUUCAGCAACUUUGCAACAGUUAAGCUUCCCAGCCAGAGUGUACAAAAGGCUCGAUGGGACAGUUGAAUGUUGUAGUAACAACAGCCUCACAGAUGUCUGCUUUUCCUACAGUAAUAAUGUGGACACUCAUUUGUAUGCCUGUCUGCCAGCCCGGAAAACAAUUGAAGCUAAUCAAGUGUGUAGAAGUAAUGCAGAUUGUCAAAAGGACUUUAUUUCAAGUUUAUGUGUAAUACCGUCUUUGGAAAAUCAAACUCGAUUAAUAAGAGUGAAACACUCACCUCAGAUUGAUAUGCUGUUUGUAGGACAUCCACUGCACCUUCAGUACACAGUGAGCCUCAGCAGUUUCAUCCCACGGUUCAACUUUCUAAGCGUUGAUCUACCUGUGGUAAUAGAGACAUUUUUCAAAUACCUAAUUUCACUCUCAGGAGCACUGGCUGUCAUCAAUGCUGUACCCUGCUUUGCUUUAGAUGGACAAUGGAUGUUAAACUCUUUUCUUGAAGCUACCCUUAGUUCACUGAUCAUAGACAAGCAAAAUAGAGAUUUGCUAGGAUUUUUAAUUUUACUUGCUGGUAGUACACUUUUGGCUGCCAAUGUGGCCCUGGGACUCUGGAUGGUGACAGCCCGAUAAUAUAUAUAUAUCUGGACUCAUUUGACAAAAUCUGUGAGUUGUUACAAUGUGCCAAAAAAAAACAACAUAACAUUUGUUGCUGAUUAAAAAAAAACUUUGCUUGGUUUGAAAUAUAAAUAACUUCCUUAAAGCUAUCUUAAUCAGCACCAUUUAAUGAGAUCCUUCUAAAUCUAGAGGUCUGUACUAGGUAUUCUCCACAAUACCUUUUGUUACCCCACUAACAAAAGAAAUAAGAAAGACCUGAUCUCUGACCUCAAAGGAUUUCAGUCUGUCCGUGACAACAUUUGUACAUUAAUUUGGACUUUAUAAGUUCAUCUGUAAAAAAUAUUUGUCAUGUCAUAUCUAAGCAGUAUGUUACCUUAGGGUAAGGGAAUGAAUAGAGGUGAAGAGGUGAAUUUAUAUUAGGUUUUGAAGGAAGCAAGAGAUAUUCUGUGGCCACACUGAAAAGGUGAGAAUUUCCUAGGCUGGUCACAAUUGAAUCAAAACAUCUUUGGUCUGUGAUGUUUUUAAUUUAGUGCUGGAUUAUUUGUCACAGAGGAAACUUGGGUAAUAGAGAAAGGUCUAGCCUCUGAGUGAAGAAGACUUGGGUGCAAAUCCUGAAUCUACCAUAUAACUGGCUUUGUGACCGUAGACAAGACAAUGUCUUCAUGCCCUACACAGUGUGCUAAGACUGUAAGUUGCAGAAUUGUUACUGAUUAACGUUGGUACAGGGAGUUUUCCUCAACAUAAGUUCCCUACAUCUACCGAUCCAGACCAAAAAUUAUGUUUCUUUAGAGCAGCUCUAAUUAAACAUUGUUCUCUUGAUAACAUUUUGUUUACAUAGAUAUGGUGUUAAAUUUCUGUGAAUUAUUCAGGGACGUGUGUAUGUAUGUGUAUGUGUGUGUGUGUGUGUGUGUGUUUAAAUUAAUGACAUAAAAAGAAAUAAAAAUCUAGACAUUAUUUUUCAAGCCCUGUGUCUCCAAAUAUGCUUGGAGAAUAAAAAAAGUAGAAGCUGAGACCUACCAUAACAUGAGGUUUGUUUUUUAACACUUUGUAACAACAGUUGAUUCUUGAAUAAGAUAUUACCUUGUCUUUAAAAAGCAGCCUUAAUGGUGAGUUUAGUUGUGAGCUUCAGACAAGGAUCUUUGCCUUGUAUAACAUUCUGUCAGUCUACCUUGAUAGUGUUUUUAAACCUAAAAAUCACAGUAUAGGUAUAGGUAUUAGUUUAUGGGCACCAUGUUCUUUCAGGGCUCUUACUGUCCUGUGCUUGGCAAGUUAGGCUAGAAUCUGUCUUUCCUCUAGAAUAAUGGCAUUUGUGGCUGUUUCAGUUAGUCCUAGCCCUGAUGUCAGAGUUAUACAGCAGGGGCUACUUUUCAGGGGAGGCAGCUAAGUGAGAAGUAGAAAUACAGGAAUAGUAUCCCAUUCCAGCCCAAACAGAUCCUUGAGUUUGAUGUCAAAGAAAAGUCAAAGGCUAGAUGAGAUUGGGUCUUAUGACCUUAUUAUGGCUAAAUAUCAGUAUGACUCAGCUGAAACAUUCUGGAAAUAAGUGGUCUCACAGCUACUAGGCCUUAGGAAAGGAUUAUCUAUUCUUCCAGGUAGAGGGGAGGUUGAUUAGCCACUUGGGAAGAGUUCUUUGAAUCCACUCCUCCCCUAGACACUACAGUGUGACCAUUUGUCACAAUACAUGUAUAGAAUGAAUCUCCUUAAGUAUUCUGUUUCCAAAUAAUUACAAAAUAAAAGUAAUCCAAAUAAUUACAGAAUUCCUGAGGAAAAGGGUUCUAAUUGUUCAAGACAACCUGCUAUUUGCAGUUUCUCUUAUCUUUUGAGUCCUUCCUUUGGCCUGGUCAGCUUAUGUGAAGCCCUUAACAACUGCAGGCUCUUCUCUCAGUUCGUAAUUCUCCCUUUGAACAUAGUUUCCUCCCUAUUUUGGCUGCCCUUCUUAUCCUUCAUUGAGUCACAGUCUGCCCUGUGUCUCAUGAUAUCUUUUCUUCCUUCCCUUUGGAUUUCAUAUACAUACCUCUGAUAUUUGGAGAGAUAGCUAAGGAAGAGAUGGACUCCAUUAUUAGACCAAUUUUUUUUGAUCUAUCACAAGACAAACUAGGGGUUCUGAUGUCUUUUGUUUACAGUGAUUUUUGAGCUUAGAGGCAUUUCUCAGAAGACGUUAAAAACCAUUUCCACUUUAGAUUUACAGCUCUCUGGUUUCUUUUUUGGGAUCUCCUGGAUGGACUCUGGCUCAAAAUUACCCAACCUGACUUAGACUAUACAGAACUGGACAACCACCUGGGGAAUCUGAGAAUGGCCUUUUUAGCAGACUGAGGUAAACAUUUUUUGCCUGGAAAUAACUAAAGAAUGCUUUUAAGGAGGUUAAUGCAAAUUCAAAAUCAAGCAUGUAAGUGUUAUGUGAACAAUGGUCAGCCUCUUGAGAUCCUCAUAGAGUCCAUAGGUAUAGGAGGCUUAAGCUAAAGUGGGUAUUAUAUGUAAGUACAGUCUUUUAUGGAGUCCUGGAAGUCUGUCUUUUAAUGAAACAACCACAUUAGUUCUAUUAUUUCAAUAGGGAAUAAUUAUGGAAAGUUUCCCAAGACCUCCAAGAUACCAUAAAAUGCAAGGAAAAGAAUUGUGUGUCAAAGGAUCCUGGAUAAACUAGAGGACUAGAGAAAUAAGGUUUUUCUAUUUCAGAUAAAUGCAAUGAUGAUGACUUCUCACAGUUAUUGAGAAUGAAAUCAUAGAAGACAAUUAUGUGCAGUCUUAGAAAAACAUCCCUUGAUGCCACUUUGAGAAACGGAAAACUAGAAAGAGAUCAUUGCCUUGUCUAUAAUAUGGAAUUUGUUUUAUUAGAUGCAUUCACUAGCAAAGUGUGUAAAGGGUGGUAUUAGAUAGAAAUAUGUGUAAGAUGAUCAGAAUUAAAGAGGGAUUUAUGGAGUCGGAAAACAUGCUUCUGUGUUUAAAAUGUCAAAAUGUACCAUUGAAUAGUCACUGUGCAAAAGUUAUGUAAGUUGUAGUUUUCAUAUUGCUUCUCUUUCAUAUGGGAUAUUAUCAAUUUUUAAUUGCUUAGCAUGAUUAGAAAAUUGGAUUCUUUUAGGGAUAAAGAAAAUUGUUUUUGUGCUGCCAUUUAAUUUAAGCAGGGAAACCUUAUUUUCCAACUCUGUAGUGGCCUAACUAUGGUGCCAUAUUUAUAUUUUUUCUUUUUUUCCUUAGAGAUGUUAUAUAGAGAAUUUGUUUUCUGUAAAGGAAUUUGCAAAACAUAUAGCAUUUUACUUUUUUGGUCAUAUGUCUAUAGAGAUCAUUACCUUAUUCCAACCUGAAAUAUGUGAAUAUAUUUCUUGUCAACUUGUUGGGCUCAAUCACACUCAUCAAAUUGCAUGUAUUAAAUGUCCACAUGUAAGUGAUGCAUAAGUAUUUUUUUCCCUAAAAAGCCCUUUGACCAUACUAUAUUAGAUGUACAAUGAAUUCUUUUGGGGGGGGGAUGGAAGGUGGAAGAUACCUCCAGGCAAGGUGACGUAUGCCUAUAUUCCCUACUGCUGGAAGAGGCAAUUCUGAGCUGUAGCAGAGCCAAAGACAAUCAGGUGUCUGCACUAAAUCCAGUACCAAUAUGAUUAGCCCCUGGGAGAAGGGGACUAGUAGGCUGCCUAAGCAGGGUCUAACUGGCUCGGGUCAGAAACAGAGUAGGUCAAAGUUUGCAUACUGAUUAGUAGUGAGAUUAACCCAUCAGUGGCUGCUAAACUUCCAGCCUAGGCAAAAUAAGGGGACCCAGGCUCGCCUCCUUCCCCAAAAAAAGUUAUGCUUCAACUUGAAGACAACUUAAUUGCUGGCAACUGAUGUUAAUAAAUAACAACAUGGAACCAUAUUUUGUACUUUAUACUGACUUGAUUCCAUUUCUUUCUGAUCAUAUAUAUAAAAUAACUCUCCUCUGCUGAUUGAAUAAUAUCUUAAUUGUCUGUAAUCUUUUCAUAUUUUUGUCUAAAAUGAAGCCACUCCUACUGAAAACAAUCACUGGUUCUCUGUCAAUUUCAGACAUUUUGGUUAUUGGUGCAAACUCUGAGGCCUGUUCUAGAUUCUCUUCCUUUGCAAUAACUACUUUUAUUCCUAUGGUUAUGUAUUUAACCUUUGGAUAAAGCAGAGUGCUUUAUUUGUACAUAACAAAAUAAAAAUAAUUUUAAAAAAUUUUAA